AUGAAACGCCUUUUGUACCUCCUCGUUGUGUUGCUGCUCAGCUAUGUUGUCCGCGCACUUCCCUAUGACGACCCUGGCAAAAAGCGCGAUCUUGGCCCUCUGGGUGACCUUCCAGGAGGUGAUGUGAUUGUGUGGGUAGACCAAGCUGGAAAUGCUCUUGCCAACAACGUCGUGGGCGGCGGCAAUUCAAACCCAACUGCGACGGCAGAUAAUUCACCUGCAACUCUUCCACCACUGUUACCGACUCUCGAUGAUGAUCUGGAUCUCUCCCCCGCCGUCCCACUUCCUGAAUCUACCAAGCACCCAAAGACCGGAAAUUACCGUCGCUUUGGCAUCUCCUACUCUCCGUAUAACAGCGAUGGCAGCUGCAAGACCCAAGACCAAGUCAACCAAGACCUGGAAAAGCUGGCGCAAUACGGGUUCGUCCGAAUCUACGGCGUAGACUGUGACCAGACGAGCAAGGUUGCCAAAGCCGCGCGGCAACGCAACCUGAAAGUCUUCGCCGGUGUUUUCGACCUGCAGAACUUCCCAUCCAGUCUUGACUACAUCACCGGGGCUGCCAACGGGGACUGGUCCGUCUUCCACACCAUCAAUAUCGGCAACGAAUUAGUCAACGAUGGUAAGAACUCGAUUACCGAUGUCACCAACGCAGUAAACACAGCACGCAACAAGCUCCGCGCCGCAGGAUACCAAGGACCCGUGGUAACGGUGGAUACUUUCUCAGUCCUGAUCCAACAUCCCGAGCUCUGCCAAGCGUCCGAUUACUGUGCUGCCAACUGCCAUGCCUUCUUCGAUAACAACAACACCGCUGAUAAAGCCGGCCAGUACGUCAAAGACCAAGCCAAUAAAGUCUCCAAAGCGGCCCGCGGCAAGAAAACGCUUAUUAGCGAGUCAGGAUGGCCACAUAACGGUCAGCCCAAUGGCAAGGCUGUGCCGUCUUCGCAGAACCAACAAAAGGCAAUUGCCAGCUUGCAGCAGACGUUCACUGGCGAUAAUGAAUUAGUUCUAUUUACAGCCUUUGAUGAUCUGUGGAAGCAAGACUCCCCUGGUACUUUUGGAGCGGAGAAGUUCUGGGGCAUCAAUCAACGCUGACGAUUGGCAUUUUGAUCUGCUCCACUUACGUCCAUCUGGUGUUGGGCGGCUGAUCAUCAUGGGUAGUAACCUUUCUGACAUUCUAUACAUAGAUAUGAUAUGCUUUCGGAUUAGAUCGCGCAGGUCGUGAUUGUUUCGGGAGCUUGUCAGUCGGUAUGCCCGUGUGGUGAUCCUAUUGUUUUGUUUCUAUUUCUUCUACAUGUUAUGUUUCUUCUUCUGUCCAGUUACACAAGUCUUGUGAAUAAUUGGUUAUGU